AUGUCCCGCUUCGUCCGCCCCUCCAAGUACCGCCACGUCUACGGCAGCAAAUCCAAGGUCAACUACGAGAACGUCAAGAUCUCCGGCUCAGCCUGGGACACAGACCUCGUCGCGGCCGGGGGCAAGUACCUCUCUGUCAACUGGCAGGCAUCCGGCGGUGGAGCUUUUGUUGUGCUCCCGCUCUUCUCGCCUGUCACACCCCCCAAGCCGGAGGGAUUCCCGACCAAGCUCCCGGAUAUCGUCCCUCUUGCGCGGGGGCAUACUGCCGCGGUGUUGGAUACCGCGUGGAAUCCUUUUGACGACAAUGUUGUUGCGAGUGCUGGAGAAGAUGGCAAGAUCUUUGUCUGGAAAGUCGAGGACUCGCUCUUUGAGGGCUGGGGAGAGGACCACUGGGAGCCCAAAGAUCUCAGCCCUGCUGCCAAGUUCAGUGCCGGAGGCCGAAAAGUCGGCCAGGUCAUCUUCCACCCCACCUCCUCCAACGUCCUCACUUCCGCCUCAGGCGACCACCUCGUCCGCCUCUGGGACAUUGGAUCUUCCUCUCCCAACCCCGAGAUCAUCCUCGAAGGCCACAAGGACGGUAUCCAGUCCAUCGCUUGGAACGCCAUCGGUACCACUCUGGCGACUACUUGUAGGGAUAAGAAGUUGAGAUUGUUUGAUCCCAGGGCGGGGAAGGAGGCGGUCAGGAUUACGGAUGGGCAUGCUGGUGUGAAGGGUUCGAGGGUGGUGUGGCUGGGUGAUAGGGAUAGGAUCGCUACCACUGGGUUUAGCAAGAUGUCGGAUAGACAACUUGGGCUUUGGGAUACUUCUAGCCUUACCAACAUCAGCACCGAGUCGAUCGACACUAGCGCCGGUGUCAUGAUGCCCUUCUUUGCCGAGGGCAACGACGUCCUCUUCCUCGCUGGUAAAGGAGACGGUAACAUCCGAUACUUUGAGUACGACAACGACAGCUUCCACUUCCUCUCCGAAUACAAGACUACCGACCCUCAACGCGGUAUGACCCUCAUCCCCCGCCGAGCGCUCGAUACGAACGAGAACGAAAUCGCGCGUGCCUACAAGCUUGCUGGAGGAUGUGUCGAGCCGCUUAGUUUUAUCGUGCCGAGGAAGGCGGACAGUUUCCAGGCCGAUAUCUACCCCGAAGCAAACUCUAUCGAAGCUGCCCAAAACGCUGCCGACUUUUUCGCAGGCAAGACGAGUAGGCCAAAGGUGGUUGAUCUCGAAACGGGAGGGACGACGGCGAAUACUGCUCCUAUUCCUACCCCUACGUCUGCUUCUACCCCCGCUCGUGCUGCGUCCCCAGUGCCGAAGAAGGAAGAGCCCAAGUCGACUCUUACCCCGCCGACCCCCGCGCCUGCCGCCACCCCAGCCCCCGCGCCGGCGCCUGUAAAAGAGGAAUCGAAGCCCACGCCUGUGGAGGUGAAGAAACAGAUCGACUCUGUCCCGGAGGUCACUGCCCGUUCGCUCGAUAUCCCGCAAGCUGCUGAGAGUGAUAGUGAAGAUGAAAAGGCGGGGAAGAAGGGGAGUGUGGGGUCUGUGCAGGAGAGCUUUAAGGGGUUGAGUGUUGGUGGGGAAAAUGGGGAGAAUGGUGUUGCUGCGCCUACCAACACGCUUCUGAUCAAAAAACUUUCGUCGGCCGCUACCACCCCUACUCGAGGUUCUCCUCUCUCUGCAGGCUAUGACCUCUAUGCGGCGGAGGACAAGCUCAUCCCCGCGAGGGGGAAGGAGUUGGUGGACUUGCAGUUGAGCAUCGCCGUACCCGAGGGGACGUAUGGGAGGAUCGCCCCUAGAAGUGGUCUUGCUGCCAAACACCACAUCGACACCGGCGCCGGCGUCAUUGACGCAGACUAUAGAGGCCCCGUCAUGGUGCUCUUGUUCAACCUCUCAGAGAAGGACUUUGAGGUGAAGAGGGGGGAUCGGGUGGCGCAGUUGAUUUUGGAGAGGAUCAUUUUGGCGGAGGUGCAGGAGGUUGAUGAUCUGGAUGCGACUGCCCGCGGGUCUGGUGGGUUCGGCUCGACGGGAGGGUUUGGUGCGGCUGUCAAGCAGGUUGCUGGCAACCUCAUUUAA